CCCUUCAACUUAUCUUUCUUCACCAAACUGGUUUUCUCUCUCUCUCUGACACUCUCUCUUUCUAUCUCUCUUCAAUUUGCAGAAUGAGUAACGCGUUGUAACAAUCUUCAAGGAGCUUGCUAUAUUGAUUCUCUUGAUUUGUGUUUCGUUGAGAUGGGUAACGGGAUAGGGAAGUUGACGGUGUGUUUCACCGGCAACGGCGGUGGCCGGAAGCACGAUAUAUCGAUUUUAUUCACGGAGCCACUGGAUGAAGGAUUGGGUCACUCGUUCUGCUACGUGAGACCCGACCCGACCCGGAUGUCGUCGUCGAAGGUUCACUCAGAGGAAACGACGACGUUCAGAACGAUCUCCGGCGCUUCUGUCAGCGCCAACACGUCAACACCGUUGUCGACGGCGUUCAUGGAUUUGUACUCGUACGGUUGUAUUGAUAGAGCUGCGGCGUUUGAGAGCUCAACCUCCUUCGCCUCGCUUCCUCUGCAACCGAUUCCGAGGAGCUUCAUGAAUUCCGGUACGUUUUCUGGGAAUCUCGGAGCUGGAGGUGGGUUUCCGAGUUCGGGUACUUUGGAGAGAGGGUUUCUCUCGGGUCCGAUUGAGCGUGGGUUCAUGUCGGGUCCGAUUGAUCGGAGCGGGUUGUUUUCGGGUCCGAUGGAGAAGGACGGCGGCGGAGAGCAGUUUCAGAGGAGCUUCUCCCAUGGCGGUGGUUUUACGGUGAGGCCCAGGACGAGGAAGAGUCGGUGGAUUAAGGCGCUGAGGAGGGCGAUAUCGAAGACUCUGCCUCGUGGGCAGAACUCGAUUGUUACUCCGAUUAAAGGAGUGGCGGCGAAGGAGCCGGAGUGGAUCGCUGCUGCGGCGGCGGCGGCGGAGAAGCAGCAGCAGCAUAACGAGAAUUUGAGUGUGAAUUUGAGCAGCGAAGGUAGUUUGGAAGACGAUGAUUCGAUGGAGAGUCAGAAUCUUCAGUGGGCACAGGGGAAAGCAGGGGAGGACCGCGUUCACGUGGUGGUAUCGGAGGAACACGGUUGGGUCUUCGUCGGAAUCUACGACGGUUUCAACGGUCCUGAUGCACCUGAUUAUCUUCUCUCAAAUCUUUACAACUACGUGCACAAGGAACUGAAAGGGUUGCUCUGGGAUGAUGGGGUUGCUCCAGAGAAUUCGAAUUUGGAAGAAACGCAAGAAGAUUCGAUGGUGAUCGGUGAUAUUGAUGUUGAUGAUGGUGUUGUUGGGAAAAAUGAUGAUCACAGGUUUGCAGAUGCUUGUGCUUGUGCAAGUGGUGAUGCGGUUCCGAAGGGAAAAAUAGGGAAGAAUUCUAAGAAAGCUGCAUCCAAGAAACGAGAGGAGAAUCAGAGAAGGUGGAAGUGUGAGUGGGAUCGUGAGAGAUUAGAGCUUGAUCGAAGAUUAAAGGAGCAACUAAAUGGAACUCGAUCCGGGUCUUGUAAUGGUGGUUCUAUUAACCAUGCUGAUGUGUUGGAAGCUCUAUCUCGAGCUCUGAGGAAGACAGAGGAGUCUUACCUUGAUGUCGCGGAUAAGAUGCUAGGCGAAAAUCCGGAGCUUGCUUUGAUGGGUUCUUGUGUUCUUGUGAUGUUGAUGAAAGGGGAAGAUGUUUAUGUGAUGAAUGUGGGGGAUAGUAGAGCUGUGUUGGCUCAAAAGGCUGAGCCUGAUUACUGGAUUGGGAAGAUCAGACAGGACUUGGAGAGAAUCAAUGAAGAGACCAUGAAUGAUCUUGAGUCAUGGGAUGCAGACACAUCUAAUCUUGUUCCCACUCUAAGUGCACUUCAGCUUACAAAGGAUCAUAGUACCAAUGUUGAUGAGGAAGUUUAUAGAAUAAAAAGAGAGCACCGGGAUGAUCCUUGUGCUGUGGUAAAUGAUCGUGUUAAAGGCUCUCUCAAGGUUACUCGAGCAUUUGGUGCUGGAUUUCUCAAACAGCCCAAGUGGAACAAUGCACUUCUGGAGAUGUUUAGAAUAGACUAUGUAGGAAACUCUCCUUACAUCACCUGCCUACCAUAUCUAAAACACCACAGAUUAGGCCCAAAGGACAAAUUUUUGAUCUUGUGCUCCGACGGGCUCUACCAGUACUUGUCGAACGAAGAAGCGGUAGCCGAAGUUGAGCUUUUUAUCACGUUGCAACCCGAGGGAGACCCGGCUCAGCAUUUGAUUGAAGAGGUGCUGUUCCGCGCUGCAAAGAAAGCUGGUUUGGACUUUCAUGAGUUGCUAGAAAUUCCACAAGGCGAUAGGCGUCGUUACCAUGAUGAUGUUUCCAUCAUUGUUAUUUCUUUGGAAGGAAGGAUAUGGAGAUCAUGUGUAUAACCAUUUUGAGAACCAUAAUCAAAAGAAAAAAGAAAAAAAGAGGAUGUACACUCCUUCAGGAUCCUCCUUGCUCACCUUCCUUGAAAUAGCACCUAAAUUAUAGCAUGUUUUGAUUGUUGGUGGCAGAGUUCAAAUUAGGGUAACUCCUGAAGCUACACAACGAGUUUCCACCGCAGAACCAAACAUGCUAUGCUAUUUAGUUUUCAGGCGGGUGGCAAGGAUUGUAAAGAUGUAAAAGGUGGAUUUUGUUGAUUAUAACUUUUCUCCCACAUAAAAUGUAAUUUUUGUAAUAAAAAGCCAUUCCUUAAAAAAUCUCUUUCAUGGUGCACAAAGCACUAGCAACCUCCA